AUGGCGCUGGACCAAGAGCAAGACCUCAUUGAGGUGCAAGAGCAGACCAAUGGUCAUGCGAUACCGGAACAGAGUCCUGAAGCUUCAUCGGUGAAGAGGAGGCGGGUUAGUCGCUCGGUGUUGCCUACUCGGGUUAGCAGCGCAUGCGAAAGAUGUCGGCAUCAUAAGUCGAGGUGCGAUCCAUUCCGGCCUUGUUCGUUAUGUGUCCGCGCGAAUGUGGAUUGUCGACCGAUUUCGGCGCCGGCACGGAAGGAGAAUUCGCGUAACGAGAAACCUAAACGACGUCGCCCCAAUCCCUCGCGAACGACUCCUACUGAAGAAACCUGGAAUAUCGACAAUGCUCCUCGAAGUGACACGGAGCCUCGAGCAACCACCGCACCCGCACUCGCACCCAUGCCAACCGGAGAUAGUGACGGCGCCGCUUCAACAGACAUGAGCCCACAAUCAUCACUCGACUGCGGCGAAGCGGAAUCAGCAAUAGGAAUUGCGCGCAAAAUCUGCGAAUUGGGCAGCCAGCACAUCGACGAACGGACUACCUCCGCUAUACCGGGUUAUCGAGCCAGCACCAGUGCACCUGUUACAUACUCUGCGACGAUUGGGCAACGGCUACCGAUAUCUUCUAUUCUGGGUCAGCUGCUGCCUCCAAUGGAGCUUGUGUAUGGGCUGUUGGAGGAUUACUUCGAUUCCGUACAUUGGUUCUCGCUGGUGAUUUAUGAAGCGAAGUUUCGGAGGAAGCUGGCUUCGAUCGCGGAUGGGUUUGCGUAUCCAUCGCAGAGGCCUUUCCUUAUACUGUUGACCGUGAUGCUUGGGGUGGCGGCGUGGUAUAGGUCUCAGAGGAGUGGUACGGAGCUGGUCGACAAUGGUCCCGACUGGAAAAAAUGGAGCGCGGACCUGGUCAAGCUUGUCGAGGGUGACUUGGUGGAAUUAAUGGAUCAGCCGUCCAUCACCGCUGCGCAGACGUGUAUUCUGCUUGGGUCGUAUCAUGUUUAUCAUGGCCGUCCUAACCUCUCUUUUUCGUUGCUGGGUGCGACUAUCAAGAUGUCGCAGGCUUUGGGGAUGCAUCGAGAGCCUUUGAGAGGAAAUUUUGAAGAUAUUGAGGAGAGGAAGAGGGUUUGGUGGACAAUUUACACAUGGGACCGAUUCGCUUCAAUUACCUAUGGAAGACCAUUGGGAAUCAACGAUAAAGACUGCAACAUCAACAUGCCAGCAGACGUUUGGGAGAACCCAUCGUUUGUCUCUCCAAGGCAAGAUCAGAGCUCCAUAUGCUACUCUCCCUACCAACGGGAGCUGAACCGUCUCUACCUGAUUGCAUCGCCAGCCCUGGAGAUUAUAUUUGGUUCACGUACCUCGAGGACGUCUGACCAAUUGGCCGGAGACACAUACGCCGCGCUGGUCAAGGAAGCCACGCAGAACCUCCAAAAAUGGCGAAAUAGUCUACCAAAUCACCUUGUUUUGGAUCUUCAGCGGGAUUUCCGCUCUGACGGCGGUUCAGAUGCGAAAGCAUAUGCCUUGCAGUCGUUAUCGUUGCACCUGACAUAUGACAACGUCCUCAUCGUCAUGCACCGACCAUUACUAGCGCGACAAGUUGACCAUCUCUCUACGACUACAAACGGUCCUUCACCAGGAACUUGUGAGGUAGACCCCAUGACCGCCGCAUCCCCCAAACCGAACCUCUCCCAAACAGCCAGCUCAGAACUCUGGAUGAACGCCGCAGUACGCACAUCACGAGUAACAGAACUACCAGUUCUUGCUCAGUUAGCUACAGAUAGCCACCUCGUCGCCUUCCUCGCAAUCAACCUCUUCAACGCCGCCAUCGUCCUAGCUGUAAUGGCUCUUUCAGAACCUCUCUCCAACACCGCGCAGGACGUUAAGCGCACUAUUACCCGCAUUCUUCGCCUACAGGACUUACUUGGCAAGCGAUCUGCACUAUCGAAACAAAGUACUACAGUGCUUAAGAACGUUGUUACGAUGCUUCUCCGUCGCGAAUCAGCAGCCAUGCUGGCUCCGAUUACGGGGGCGAAUCAGUCAACGGGGCAUCAGAGGGAUAAGGAUAAACAGAAUCUGGGGGAUCCUUGCUGUAUGUCUGUCGAGGAUACGCUGCGGUUACCGCUUGAUGCGUCGCUGGAGUUGUCGGAUCCGCUUGCGGGCAGUCAGGGGUGGUUGGAUGUUAGUAGGGCGCAUCGGUUAAAUGAGAGUUUGACGUCUGUUCAGUUUAUGGCUCCGGGUGAUAUCAAUGUGCCUGUUCAAAGUGAGCAGCAGUACGUAUCGUCGGAACAAUUGCAGCCACAAGGUGUUUGGCAGAUGCCGGCCGAAUAUGAAUGGAAUGGGACUAGUGCCUCUCCCAGGGGUGUAGAAGACAGCUACCGGGAUGUUGAAAGUGGAUUGUACUGGUUAUGGGACAUGGCAUGGAAUGGAACAGGUGGGUAA